AUGGCUGCCUGGCUUAAGGCCGCGGAAGGUCUGUUUGAAGUUGUUGAUCGGCAGGCAAAGCUAGUUGUUAAUGAAUUGUCAGAAGAGAAUUCUGAUUCUCAGCCAUCUGCUUCUAAUGGACAAGGAUCUCAACAGAAAAAGCCAAAGCCAAAGCCAAAAUCAAAGUCAAAGGCUCAAAAGAGGCGCUCGAAAGAUGAAUCCACAAAGCUAAGUGAGCCAGCACAAGAGGUGACUAAUACACAAACAUCAGAGGCAGAAGCAAUAGAUCAAGCGGCCCGUUCAGUUAAAAAUGACGAGAAAGCUUCCAGAAGUUCUGUAGCUCAAACAAGCAAUGAGCAGCAAGAAACUGUUGACAGUGCUUCAAGUGUAUCACUACCGACAACUACGAAUGAGCAAGUCAAGCAUGAAGCUGACAGUGUUCAAAUUCCUAUAACUGUUACAGACCCUAUAAAACCACCUUCGGAUGGUGCGCUCCUUAAUGAUAAGACUACAGAUGUCCCUGCAGAGAGUACUUCUUCACCAUCACCUGCCAAAGAAAUGGAAGUUGUCAAAGAGCAUGAUCCCGUUGUUGCUGUUCCUGAUACCACGACAAAGGAAAAUGAGGGUUCUUCAAAGAUUGAGCUAGAAAAAUCAAGUAAAGAUUCUCUUGUUAUUAAUGAAAAAUCAGCAAAGGAUGACGAGCUUAAGGUAGAAUCUCCUAUGCAGCAGCAGAAGCAAGUUGAGCAUGACGUUGCUGCUUCACCCAGGAAAAUUCAGGAGCAACUUGAGGAGGCUCAAGGACUACUCAAGACUGCAAAUUCCACUGGUCAGUCAAAAGAAGCUAGACUAGCACGGGUUUGUGCUGGGCUUUCAACCCGCCUUCAAGAGUACAAGUCUGAAAAUGCACAACUCGAGGAGCUUUUGAUAGCAGAGAGAGAACUAAGCAAGUCAUGUGAGGCUCGUAUGAAGCAGCUACAGCAAGACUUAUCUGUGUCAAAAAUGGAAGUAACAAGAGUAGAGUCAAACAUGGCUGAGGCAUUGGCAGCAAAGAAUGCUGAAAUUGAGGCGCUUCUUGGUUCUAUGGAUGCACUUAAGAAACAAGCUGCAUUGUCAGAAGGAAGCUUGGCUUCUUUACAGGCAAACAUGGAGUCUCUUAUGCGAAAUAGGGAACUGACAGAGACAAGGAUGAUGCAGGCUUUGCGAGAAGAGUUAGCCUCUGCAGAACGGAGAGCAGAAGAAGAGCGGGUGGCACACAACACUACUAAAAAGGCAGCUAUGGAGAGGGAAGUGGAUCUAGAAAACAGAGCUGUGGAGGCUUCCACAGCUCUUGCUAGGACUCAGAGACUUGCAGAUGAAAGGACAUCAAAGGCCUCAGAACUUGAGCAGAAAGUUGCACUGCUUGAGGUUGAAUGUGCAACAUUAAAUCAAGAGUUGCAAGAUAUGGAGGCCCGUGUUCGGCGAGGCCAAAAGAAGGCCCCGGAAGAGUUAAACCAGUCAAUUCAGAUGCAGGCAUGGCAGGAAGAAGUAGAACGAGCACGCCAGGGUCAGAGAGAGGCUGAAAACAAGCUUUCUUCUGUUGAGGCUGAAUUGCAGAAACUGAGAGUUGAAAUGGCAGCCAUGAAAAGGGAUGCUGAACACUAUUCACGCCAGGAGCAUAUGGAGCUUGAGAAACGCUAUCGGGAACUAACUGAUUUACUGUAUUACAAGCAAACACAACUAGAAACAAUGGCUAGUGACAAGGCAGCAGCAGAGUUUCAAUUAGAGAAGGAAUUGAAGCGUAUUCAAGAAGUGCAGGUUGAGGCUGAAAGAGGCAGAGUUGCCCGCCGCCCAUCUCCAUCAUGGGAAGAGGAUUCCGAAAUGAAAGCACUCGAGCCUCUCCCAGUGUACCACCGGCAUUUGGUGGGCGCAAGCGUACAGUUGCAGAAGGCAGCAAAGAUAUUGGACUCAGGAGCUGCCAGAGCCACGCGAUUCUUGUGGCGGUACCCAACAGCUCGGCUAAUCUUUUUAUUCUAUCUGGUGUUCGUACAUUUCUUCAUGAUGUAUUUAUUGCAUCGCCUUCAGGCGCAAGCUGACGAUCUCUCGGCUAGAGAAGUCGCGGAGUCGAUGGGCCUUACCGAUCCCAACUUGCAGUUACAUGCCCGGCGCUGA